AACGAAUCAGAGUACAUCUUCCAAACUUAAAAAAGACUACAACCAACGGUUCAACUACUCAUAAGUUUACGUAAUAAACUUAAAACGAUAGAUCGAAAAGUCAACAAAAUAAAGCAUGGUUCCGGUGUUGCUUAACAAUGCGCGUGUGUUCCUCAACCGUUACCCCGUAGCCCGUGGGAUGUUGACUUACAGUCUUCUGUGGCCAACUGGAUGUCUUAUACAACAAUCGCUUGCUGGGACACAUUGGAGAGAUUACGAUUGGAGAAAAUGCUUCCGGUUUUUCAUCUACGGAGGAUUCAUCGUGGCGCCGUCACUCUACUGUUGGAUUAGGUUAGCAUCACUUAUGUGGCCAGCUCAAAAUCUAAAAUCCGCCAUAGCAAAGGCACUCACUGAGCAGGUCAGCUACACCCCAAUGGCAAUGACAUUCUUUUACUUCGGAAUGAGUUUGAUGGAGUCAAAGACUGUCGAAGAAUCGUUAGCAGAAGUGCGAGCCAAAGUUCCUCCAACAUACAAAGUGGCAAUUUGCAUCUGGCCUCUUCUACAGACAUUCAACUUUUGUGUCGUCCCGGAGAAGAACCGUGUUCCCUUCGUGAGCUUGUGCAGUUUAUUAUGGACAAUUUUUCUGGCCUACAUGAAGCAAUUGGAACUAGAGAGAUUACAGAAAGGGAAUUCUGUCAUGAAAUAAGAUCUUGGCGGUCCAUUUUUGUCACAUUGUAAAUAAACUUAGCAAAUAUAAAUAUUUUAUUGUAUUU